AUGAUUAAAUCAUAUGUAUGUCUCUCAAAUUACUCUCUUAACGGUGGUUUUACAAAUUCAUUUUUAACCUGAUGAUGUUAUUUGUACUUUUAUGUUGAAUUUUGUUGAAAUAUUAUUCAAAAGUAUGAAAACACUUACAUAUUAAAAACAUCAAAUUAUGUCCAUUUACUCACUAUUAAAAUAUUUCCAACGAUUUAUACUAAAGUUUAGGACCAUUUACCUUGAAUUCAUUACUGUAGAAUGAGAAUUACUACUUGAAAAAUUAUACCAUCAUACAUGGUAGCACCCGUUUAAAUUAUCUUUUUUUGUGUGAGGGAUCUCGAACAAUAUCAAACUCAAAAACCAAAAACAGAUAGUGACAACCACACGAUAAGAUAAAUCAAAUCACAUCAAUUGACAGGUUAAUCAUCAUCAGCAAGGAACUAUGGUUUGGAUCAAUUCUUGUCCUCUGGCUCAGAUACCGUUGCCAUUCAACGAAGAGAUCGUUAAGAUCAUUCAUGUCCCUCAUACUCCUUUAUUAGUGGUCUUAACUUCAAUUGGAGUAUACGUGUUUGAUCAAUUCACUUUAUUGCCUAUAACUUCUCAUGUUAGAAAUCAAGAAUCAAUUAAUCAACAUGGUCAUAAUGUUAACAUCAAGACCAAACACGUAUCGGUCAAUACGGCUCAAUUACAAAAGUUGAAUUCGAUUAAUUUCUUCGUUCAUACUACUGAGAGUUAUCUUAUUGUUUAUCAUUGUUCUAUUAAUUAUACUACUUCAUUAUUUGAAAUAUCGAAUAGUAAAAAUGAUGAAUUGAUUCAAACUGGGUUACCAUUAAGUGUAACGUCUCAGAAGUUUAAUUUCACUGCUUUCUUUAAAAAUGCCACCAGACACAUUAUUCAAGGUUCUCAAGAGAUUUCAUUCAAUUUAGAAAACAUUGAACAUUUCAAUAACAGCUCCAUUGAAGAUGAAUUAGGUAAUUUCGAAAUUGAAAAUGCCAAAGUAUCGAUAUUCAAAAUCCUUAAGAUUGGUAUUGGUUUAAAUCGAUAUUGGUUAAAACAGAAUUCGCAUAACUUAAUUGUGUUCAAUACAAAAAAUGAAAGAAAUAGUAGUGUUAUUGAAGAAGAAGGUAAUUCAACAGUGGCUGAAGAUAAUUAUUUUCAAAUUGUUAAUAUGCAAACGUUUAAGAAUGAAGUUUUCCAUUUAUCGGAAUAUGCUUGGUAUGAAAUAGCUCAAAAUUCAAAAAUCAUUUAUAUUAACUAUAAUAUAUUCAAGAAUUAUUUCAUCUUUUUAAAUGAAUUAGGUCAAUUAUGGUACUUUAAAUUUGAAGUGCAAGAAGAUAGAGUAUUGCCCGUGGGUUCAUUAUUAACUACUUUCCCAUCAUCAGUAGAUUUAAGAUCAACAUUUAAAUUCACCUUCAAUCCUCAAUCUGAUUUAAUCUUAUUACAAAUUGAAAAUGAUUUAAAACUUUAUAAAGUCACCAAGGAUUCGUUAGAACAUGUUAAAGAUAUCCAAACUAACCCUACUAUAAGUCAAAAUACAAAAUUAUUGUGGUCGUCAUGUGGAACAUUCUUUAUCGUAUUAGACAAACAAAGUUCAGAAUGGACAUUAUUUACUAAAUUUGGAAGUGAUUCGUUUAAUAGCUCGGAAAUUUUAAAGGAAUUAGAUGAUAAUUAUGAAGAUAAUCGUGGAUUCUUAAAAGCAUCCAAUAUAAUCAUCACUCCAAAUGCAAAUGGUUUAAAUAUUCUCAGUGAUGACAAGAAAACUUUAUAUUACGUCAAUCUUUUAAAGGUUAUCGAUAAUGCUUGCUUUUAUGAUAAUGAUUACAUCAGUAUCAUUCAAAAUAAUAAUACAUUUAUAAAAUUCCCUAUGUUACCAAGAUUCAAACGUAUCUUAAGUCGAAUUGAGAAUUAUAAUGGAACUUCAAAUAAAUCAUUAAAAAGUGUCAAUGGAGUAUUUAAAAUAAGUCGAAAUGAAAGUAACCAAUUAGCGAUUUCAUAUGGAGAAUAUCUUGCGUUAUCUACACCUUUAACUUCAGGAGGGAAUGAAAUUAAUCAUGUAUUAUGGUUUAAUUUUAAGAAUUAUUACUUAGACACUUUGAAUAUCGUCCAUCAAUUUUGGUUUAACGAUUAUUUAAUCAUCGUGAAUAGGAAACAAGGUGUUGAAUACGAUACCGAAGAAGAACUGAAUGCAUCUUCCAAUGAUGAUAAACAUCUUGUGGAUGAGAUUAUCAUUUUCGAUGCAGCAGUUACGAAAUAUGGUGCUGGUGGAGCUGAUAUAAAAUUUGAUAAUGAUUUAAUGUUAUGGAAAUAUGAUUUUAAAACCACUUUGAUUGAUAUCCAACCAGUUAAAUAUAAUGAUAAGGUGACUCACUUAGUCUUGAUUACCGAUGAUUUUAGAUUAAUUAUCAUUGAGUUAAACAAUAGUAGAACUAUUGCCAAGACUACAUCUUCAUCAAAUUUACAAAAUCCAUCCACACAAAAGAACUAUAAGAUUUUUAUUGGAGUUAAUAAAACCAUCCAUUUAUCAUCUAUUAAACAUAGGUUUGCUAUUAGAGAUAUCAUAAAGACUAGUAUGAUUGAUAAAAGACAUUUCUUAUUCCUUUUGAACUCAGGUGAUCUUUAUCUUUUAAAGAAUCAGACUUCAACUGCGUCAUUUGCUAAUCCUGUUGAUGCUAUGAAACCAAGUAACAUGUAUGAUUUGAUCCGGAUUGGCACUGGAGUCGAAUUCUUCAAAUUUAAGUCAAUAAAAUUUGAUGAUGAUGAAAAAACUAUUAAUUAUGUAUAUCUUUUCAAUGGUGAUACAUUAUUAAUCUAUGAGAUUGAAGAUUUAAUCUCAAAUUCGUAUGAUAAGGACAAUGCUCCUGUUCAUGGUGAAGAUGAAGUUGGUAUUGAAGAUCAUGAUAUUGACCAUCAUACUGAACCUGAUCCUAUCAGAGUUGAAAUUGAUAAUUAUCAACCUUUAAUAUUGGAUAGUAUUAUAAGUGAUGAUUUAACAUCAUUUAAAUCGAUUGAUUUGAUUGGGGUUGAACAUUCGAUUGUGAAUAAACCUUCCAGUGGGGGAUUAAUCAUUAAAAAUAGAAUCUCCCAUAAGUUAAUCCUUAAUAAUUUCAUGGAAUACGAUUUAAUUCAUAAACAAGACAUAGAAUUACUUAAAUCAUUUAAGAAAUUUGAAUUAUUUAAGAAUUAUCAUUACUGUUUAGAGUUAUUGCUAUUUAAGUACCUUACAAGAGAUGAAGAACAUGGUACGUUGAGGAAAUUAAUCAAAUUAAUUGAAUCUACCCAUGAUUCAAAUUCAAUUUAUAUCAAUUGUUUAAGAAAGAUCGAAGUUGGUUAUUGGGAUUCAUUCUUUACCAUCUUAGAAACCACCCCAUUAAAGUUCAUGAGAAGGUUAAUCGAUAGUGACAAUGUUGAACAUUGUUAUAACUACUUAAUCGUUUACCUUAAUUUCAAAAAGGAAGGUGAAGAUGAUAUUACAAAUCCUGCUGGUGAACCUGAUUUUGCUCUUAAUAAUAAUGAUAAAGAAAUCAUUAUCAAAAUCAUGAACAUGUUAGAUAAAUCUCAGAAAUGGGACUGGUGCUUCGAGUUAUGUAGAUUUAUUAAACUACUCCAACCUUCAGGUGAUUUAUUAAAACUGAUAAAACAAUCUCUUGAAUAGUUAUUACUUUAUAGAUAUUAUAAGAACUGUCCUGCAUACUAAUACACACUAUUAAAAAA